AGUAUGCGAAGCCCACCGAGUCUCUCCCCGCUCUUGGCUCAUGCCCGCACCGCGAUGAUACUGCCAUGCCUGUUAGUACUCGGGAAACUAAACGAAGUCAUGACAACAAUAACUAACCCUCAGAAUCGUCAUUGUCCUGUUGGAUUUUUCCCAUGCGGGAAUAUCUCACUAUGUCUGCCGCAGCACCUGCAUUGCAAUAAAAUUGAAGACUGUGAAAAUGGAGCUGACGAGGAAAACUGUGAUGAUGAUACUGGUUUCGCAGUUACGUUUGAAACCUAUUUUAGGCCAACUCACAAUAAAUUGUCAGAAGAUUGCUUACUUCAACAUUUCCCACAAAUAUGUGAUUGCAAAGAAACACAAAUGAAAUGUGAGAACAAGAAACUACACAAAGUGCCGCAGGUUUCAGGAAAUGUGACUUUUCUGUCUCUGAAGAGCAAUAAAAUCAAAAGUCUGCCUGAUGAUGCUUUCCUCAUGUUCUCUGACCUGAAGGAAUUAUAUCUGCAGCAUAACCAAAUGCAAUCUAUCUCAAAAACUGCGUUUUGUGGACUUUACAAUCUCAAACGAUUGUACAUCAGUCAGAAUCGUAUCACUUCACUGAAGCCAAGACUAUUUCAAGACCUUCAUAAUCUGGAAGUUUUAAUUCUUGAUGACAAUCUAAUAUCAAAAAUCUCACCACGGAUAUUUAUUGGACUGAAAUCUUUAUAUAUUUUAUCAAUGGUAAACAAUUUAUUGGAAAAUCUACCAAAGAGAACAGUAUGUGCUGAAAUCCCAAAAGUGUGCCUGAUGGAUUUUGGCAGUAAUCAAAUCAAGUCAUUGGAUGAUUCUUCUUUCCUGAAAUGUGAUAAACUGGCUGUGCUGUAUAUCUUGAAGAAUGAAAUUGCUACCAUUUCUGAAAAGACAUUUGCUCCAUUACAUAGUUUGAUAGAUCUGGAAUUGUCUUCAAACAAGAUUCAGGAACUUCCCAAACAUUUAUUCAAAUAUACUAAAUUACUGAAAAAAUUGAAUAUAUCUGACAACCCUAUCAAUUUUGUUCAUCUUGAACAGUUUGACAAUCUCAAACACCUUCAAUCUCUUGGAAUUGAAGGAAUAGAAAUUACAAACAUAGAAAGCAGGAUGUUCAAAUUCAUGACAAAUUUAGAUCAUAUAUAUUUCCAUAAAUUCCAAUACUGUGCUUAUUCUCCUCAUGUACGGAGUUGUAAACCAAAUACAGAUGGCAUAUCUUCUUUUGAAGACCUACUAGCAAACAUUAUCCUCAGAGUUUUUGUUUGGAUCAUAGCUUGUCUCACGUGUUUUGGAAACCUUUUUGUCAUUUUUAUGAGGUCAUUUAUUCAAGCUGAAAAUAAACUUCAUACUAUGUCCAUAAAAAUUUUAUGCUGUGCUGAUUGUUUGAUGGGAGUAUAUUUAUUCUUUGUUGGAAUUUUUGAUGUCAAAUAUCGUGGGGAGUAUAACAAGCAUGCACAUCGAUGGAUGGCAAGUGUCCAGUGUCGAAUGAUGGGAUUUCUGGCCAUGCUUUCUACAGAAGUUUCGGUUUUGCUAUUGACUUACCUGAGCCUGGAGAAGUAUGUUGUCAUUGUCUUUCCAUUCAGUAACAUCAAACCAGGAAAGCAACAGACUUUGAUGAUACUCAUUAUCAUUUGGCUAAUUGGAUUUAUUAUUGCUACAAUUCCACUCUGGAAUGAAGAUACAUUUGGAAAUUAUUAUGGAAGAAAUGGAGUUUGUUUUCCUCUUUAUGCAGACCAAAUUGAAAAGGAUGCUGCAAAAGGCUAUUCUAUUGGAAUAUUCCUUGGCUUGAAUCUGAUUGCCUUCAUCAUAAUUGUCUUCUCUUACUUCAGUAUGUUUUAUUCCAUUCGCAAAACUGGAAUCCAGACACCAGAAAUGAAAAAACGUAUUCGAAGUGAAGUUGCUGUGGCUUACAGAUUUUUCUUCAUAGUGCUCUCUGAUGCCUUCUGUUGGAUCCCUAUUUUUCUCUUGAAAUUCCUUUCAUUGAUUCAGGUGGAGAUUCCAGGAGCAAUUACAUCAUGGGUGGUUAUAUUUAUACUUCCAAUAAACAGUGCUUUGAACCCAAUUCUCCAUACACUCACAACUACUUUCUUCAGAGAAAAAAUGAAACAAUUUCUUUGCAAGCAUUCAUGUAAAGGAAAGGACACAUGGACAGAGAACUCUUCAAAACAGUCAACAUCAUCACUUAAAUUUAGAUUUUUAAGAAGGAUAUCUGCUUUGGAAGACAUGCUGACUUCAAGACGUCGCUGACACUUUGGGACAUUCUUACCACUGAAUGUGGAAUUACAGUUUACAUGGAAAGCAAGGUUUGUUUUUUGUUGGUGUUUUGACAGUAUUCCUCAAAUGUACAAUUUAAAAAAGGAAGACGGCUCUGGAGAUAAUGUAAAAUUAAUUCACAAAGCUUUAAAAACAAUAUUGUUGUUUAGUAUUAUUAUCUUCAGUUUGAAGAUAGAAGUUCAACAGAGGAUAAAAACAGAAUUCAUUUUUGUUUGCAUCAAAAUAUGUUAAAUUAAUGUGUCCAUACUUCAAAUUACAGUUCUUGAAAUUCUUCUAAAAUGAUUAGGGAGUGAGAAAGAAUAAGAAACUUGCCAAUUAUUCAAUUGUGAUAUGUUGCACCAGAUCAACUGUUUCUUUGUACACUUAAUGCCAUCAACAUUUCUUGACUAGCAAAACCUGUAAUUCCCAACUUUUGUGGAAUCAUAGCACAGAAACAGAAUCUACUAAUAAUACGGAAUAAAGCUUUCAAAGUUUCUGAUAACAUUUUUGUAAUAUUAACCCUAAAUUGCUAAAAAAGUUCAAAGUAAAUUUAUUAUCAAAGUACAUAUACGUCACCACAUACAACGCCGAGAUUCAUUUUCUUGUGGGCUUACUCAAUAAAACUGUAGAGUAAUAGCCAGAGUAAUAACUACAGAGUAAUAACAGAAUCAGUGAAAUACAGCCCAACUGGGGCAUUCAACCAGAACGAAGAAGACAAUUAUGCAAUACAAAAAGGAGAAAUAAUAAAAAAACAAUAAAUUUUAAGACCAUGAUAUGAAGAGCCCUUGAAAGUGAGUCCAUUGUCUGUGGGAACAUUUUAAUGAUGGGGCAAGAGAAGUUAUCCCUUUUGGUUUAGAAAUCUGAUGUUUGAGGGGUAGUA